GCGUUGUCUUUUCUUUUCGUUCCUGGGCGUUCAGCGAGUUGGUUUCGAAAGUUUUGUGUGUGAAUCGUGUGAAUAUCGUGAAAUUCCAAUAAUAAUCGUUAAAUUAUCAUUGUUAGUUCUUAAUUCUCUUAAUAACUAUUGUAAUUUGUGAAAAAAAUCGUGGUAUAAAAACGAAGAAAAACAAAAAUGGUUAACAUUGACUUUGAUCAGCUAAACAGCCGACUGAGCAAACGCUUGGAUCAGCUGCGCCAGUACCAAGAUCCGGCGGAAAAACUUCGAAUGUUGAAGCGUUAUCUGUCGCAUUUUGUGAAGUUGGUCCAGGCCGGGCGUCACUUCGAGACGUCGUUCGGGGAACAUUUGCGGCUGGUCGUGCUAUACCUGAAUGAUCGCCGUGAGCAACCACUGGAGAUGGAGACCCUGGGGACGAUCGUGAAAACCCUUUGCGUGAUAUGUUGCAUCACGAGCGUUUCGUACCAGUCGGUGAUGAUUGCUCUUCACGGUUUGUUGGACAUUUUUGAGCGUAUCUCCUGCAAGGAAACCCUGGCUGUCAUCGAGUACUGUGGAAAUUAUUUCAAAAAGUUAAUUUCCCAAUUCAAACGAUUCGGGUACUACAAGAUCCAACGGCAGUUGGUUGAACUGGUCUACAUAUCGUCGUUGUCGAUCAGCAAACCGAAGGAUCGUAAGAACUUCGUGCUGGAUUUGGGACGGCUGAUCGGCGGUCCUUGGGAAAGGAUCCUCGCUUGGAAAACCAUCGCCGUGGAGAAGGAAGUUCGCACGUUCAUCAACGGUUUUCAAGAUAGAUAUCCGUUGUUCGCGGCCUAUUCUGUUCCCGUCGAGGACUGCCGUAUUGGGGAUUAUCACUUCGUACGGCCAAGGGAAUCACACGGCGGGAUGUGGUUGGACGUCAAUUUUAAACCGGCCACCGUGCGAUUUGCGGGGUGUGUUGUGCUCGCCCCUGGCGGAGCUGACCCACUGGAGAUGAGCAUGGGGUUUGAAAUUGAGCACCGGAAUGUGACGAACAUCGACUGGAAAUCUGAAAACGAUAAAAAUCUGAUCACCAUCGAGUACAACAACAUCAUAGUCGAACCGGACGUUUUGAAGGUCGAUCCAAAGGGUUCCCUGACAUUGAUCAUAUCAUCUUCCUUUGACUGUGAUUACCUUGUCAAAGAGGUCAUUCCGGAGGUACGGUCAAAUGAGGGUCGUGAGAACGAUUCCGAACAACCAAACACUACCAGCAUCGAAGGCUUGUUGAAUGUGUCCCUGUUGGAGUCUGUUGCGUCGGGACCGGCCAACAGUCACAACUUUGAUCACUCUCCGCGUCUCCGGGAUAAUCUUGAUGCAAUCGAACAGCAUCGAAACAUGCGCUGCCAAAUGCUGGACCAAACCAGUUCGGUCGAGAGCAACAAGGAAAAUCUAGAACCACGUCGAUCGAUGUCCGAUGUACGAGUGGUUCUUCAGGACGUUCAACGCUUGCGGGUGUUCGAAUCGCUACAGCAAGAGUGCCAACAGAAAAAAAUGAGUCGCUCUCUGAAGCAAAGUACCCCGGAGAAACGUAAUCAUGGCGACGAAUCGGGUGAUCCGCAGAUAAAUGAGGGAAAGAGACGAAAAUUGUUCAAGCAAACGGUACAGGAUACCCUGAACGAAAGUGUCGACUCGCAGCUGCAACGCAACAAGUACGUCGAAAAGAAGCUGGUCAAUACUGUGAAACCGAUUCAAACAUUGGACGUGAAGCCAUUGGUUGUUGGGCCUUCCGCUGAAAACAUCCAGGGUCCUUCCAAUGCGCUGAACGAAUCAACCGCAACGGAUAUGAUGUCAAGCGAAGAGUUUGAAGAGUCCUUGCGAGCUUACAUUGACAACAACGGAAUUUUUGGUAUUGCUCAACAGAAGGUUUUGGACAAUAAACUUGAAAAGAACAUUCGUAAAAUAAAUCAGAUGGUUGACCGUUCGUCGAAGAAGUUCUUCAAGCGUGAACCGGCUGCAGACAAUCCUUAUGAAUUUAUUGAUUCCGGAGGCAAUCGAAAGUCGGCUAAAAAGCAAGCAAAUCGCAAAGGUGCCAACUCCACCAGUAAGAGAAAACCAAAAGCCAACAACGAGAACUCGUCGGUAACCAAGGUAGCCAAGGACGCCACCAAUCAAUCACUCCGUAACAAAAACGCAAAGAGUGCUGCGAAAAAAGCCAACACAAAGACCCUUUCAAAACCCUCCGAACCGAUCAUGCGGCGAAAGUCGCUUCCACGUUCAAAGAAGCCCACAUUGAUCAUCGACCUGUCGUCCGACUCGGAGGCCGAACCCGCCGAGAUGGGAAACACGUUCCAUAAUUUGAACAUUUCUUCCAUUGCUGUGCCGACGACGGCGGAGACAAUGCCGAAGCACCCGAUUCCGAUUGCCAAGCGGUUGUUUGCCAAAUCGACUCCACUCGAGAACGUUAAGAACAAGAAGCGUCCACUGGAUGCAACGUAUACGGAAGAAGCACAAAGUAAACCGCCGCAAGCAGGUGAGCGAACUUUUUCGGCCAAGCAGCAACGCGUACCACUUUUGGAAGUUGAUCCGAAAGGUGACGGCAACGGUGUAUUUCUACGGCGCGACUACAAGAAGCAGCAUCUUCCGACGGGUCUUCAACCGGGAGUUACCGCUCUGCUUGAACAUGAAAGGGAGAAAGCACCAUCAUCAGUUCCAUCAUAUUCGAAUUCGCACAGCGAUGAUACAAGAAUAACGAUGGAGGUUCCAAAGGUCCAUGUCGAUACCCCUGCGCUACCUCCGCUAACCAAGGCCAUGGUUCGUCAACAUCAGACCAGCAUGAGCAGCGCUUCCAUUCCACAGUCUCUCCUUGUCAAUCCCAGUCCGCCGAAUCUCAUUCCAAUUCAGGAGAAAGCCGUACCAUCAACGGUUACGCCUGCUGCUGCGAACUUCAACAUGGACUAUGCCAAGAAUCGAUACACACUGAAAAAGUUCAUUUGUGCCAACGAUCAAAUGUUUGCCGCCGACGAGGAAGUUCCUGCCCGUUUGAAUACUGGCAACGAGACUAUCCUCAGCGAUGAGAUUCGUGCAGGUUGCGAUGCUGCAGUUCCUCCAUCAUUGCAAGAAAAUGAUUCGAGUGAGCUGAACAUUGUCGAUAAUGUGUCACAGGAACAAGAACCACAAACCCGGUACUAUCCAACCACUCCUAGUCCGAAACCUUUCCGAAAUGUUCCAGAUAAUCGAUAUGAUCCAAGAAUUGAUGAUAACGCUUCACAGACCGUUAUUCUUGAGGAUGAAACAAAUAACACAAAGACACAGGAACCCAUUUCACCGAACAAAGAAGCUGCUGCACUGAACGCCCUGAUGAUGGAGCAAUUCCAGACCCGAAUCCACGAAGAGCUAGAUCCUUCGUUGACCGAGUUUGAAUCCAAGGUGGAGAAAAUGGACAAAAUGUUGACGGAUUUCGAGCCGCAGCUCAUGGAACAUAACUUUGAAGAAUUCUACCGAAAGUGCGAGGAAAUCAUAGAGAUGGAGGACAAACUGGACGAGAAGUUCAACGAGUUGGCCAAGCUGUGUGUGGACGCUGUUGAGAGAGCUGACAAGGCCGCCGUAACCGCCAAGAAACUGGCACAAUAUGCCGACAUCAAGGUAGGCUACUUCAAGGAGCAAAACCAGAUGGCUCUUCAGGAGAUACCAGGUAUCGUGGAUGAGCACGUGAAGGGCGUCUGGAACGAGCAGGUACAGUUGCGACUCAAUCAGAUGCAGCUGCUGAUGACAAAGAUGCUGAUGUAGAUGCUCAUCAAAGCAAACUCUAAGGUUUGUGUUUAUCAGAACUUCAGAACUUCAGCCACACUUUAGUACUUAAUAUGCUAGUGAUAAGCAAGAACUAAUAUAUUCUAUGAAUUAACAAGGAAAUAUUUCAUCUGUUUUAAUAUAUCAUGUUUUUAUGUGUUAAAAAUAAUGGAUUGUGGUUGAAUACAUAUUGAAUUGAAAGGCA